AUGCAGCAACCACCCCGUCUCCUCCUCCUCCUCCUCCUCCUCUGCCUCGCCCCCUCGUCCGCGCUCGCCUCCGGCGGGGAUGAAGGCGCGGCGACCUACAUUGUGUACCUGAACCCCGCGCUCAAGCCGUCGCCGUACGCCACGCACCUCCACUGGCACCACGCGCACCUCGACGCGCUCUCCGUGGACCCCGAGCGCCACCUCCUCUACUCCUACACCACGGCCGCGCCGUCUGCCUUCGCCGCGCGCCUCCUCCCGUCACAUGUGACCGAGCUCCGCGGCCAUCCCGCCGUCGCGUCGGUCCACGAGGACGUCCUGCACCCGCUCCACACCACGCGCUCACCUUCGUUCCUCCACCUCCCGCCGUACAGCGCCCCGGCUCCUAACGCGGACGGCGGAAGCUCCGACGUCAUCGUCGGGGUGCUCGACACCGGCGUGUGGCCCGAGAGCCCCAGCUUCGUCGAUGCCGGCCUGAGCCCCGUGCCGUCGCGGUGGCGCGGGAGCUGCGAGACCAAUGCCACCGACUUCCCCUCCUCGAUGUGCAACCGCAAGCUCAUCGGCGCGCGCGGCUUCUUCCGGGGCUUCGGGGCGGGCGGCAGGAACGGCUCCUCCCACGGAACCACCGAGCUCUCGUCGCCGAGGGACCACGACGGGCACGGCACCCACACGGCGUCCACGGCGGCGGGGGCCGUGGUGGCCGACGCGAGCCUCCUCGGGUACGCCCACGGCACGGCGCGGGGCAUGGCGCCCGGGGCGCGCGUCGCGGCGUACAAGGUGUGCUGGAGGCAGGGAUGCUUCAGCUCGGACAUACUGGCGGGCAUGGAGCAGGCCAUCGAGGACGGAGUCGACGUGCUCUCGCUGUCGCUGGGAGGCGGCUCGUACCCGCUCUCCCGCGACCCCAUAGCCAUCGGCGCGCUGGCGGCCACCCGCCGCGGCAUCGUCGUCGCGUGCUCCGCGGGGAACAGCGGGCCGGCGCCGUCGUCGCUAGUGAACACUGCCCCGUGGAUCAUCACCGUCGGAGCCGGCACGCUCGACCGGAACUUCCCGGCGUACGCGAAGCUCGGCAACGGCGAGACCCAUGCCGGCAUGUCGCUCUACUCAGGCGAUGGGCUGUGUGACGACAAGUUCCCUCUGGUGUACAACAAAGGCAUCCGCCCGGGCAGCAACGCGAGCAAGCUUUGCAUGUCGGGCACGCUGGACGCGGCGGCGGUGAAGGGCAAGGUGGUCCUGUGCGACCGGGGCGGGAACUCGCGGGUGGAAAAGGGGCAGGUGGUGAAGCUGGCGGGCGGCGUCGGGAUGGUGCUCGCGAACACCGCACAGAGCGGCGAGGAGGUCGUGGCGGACAGCCACCUGCUCCCUGCGGUCGCCGUGGGCGCCAAGAGUGGCGACGCCAUAAGGACGUACGUGGAGUCGGACGCCGGCGCGGAGGUGGCGUUGAGCUUUGCCGGCACCGCCGUCGACGUGCACCCGGCGCCGGUGGUGGCCGCGUUUAGCUCCCGUGGGCCGAACAGGCAGGUGGCGCAGCUGCUGAAGCCGGACGUGAUUGGACCGGGCGUGAACAUCUUGGCCGGGUGGACGGGGUCCGUCGGGCCGACUGGGUUGACCAUCGACGAGCGGCGGCCGGCGUUCAACAUCUUGUCAGGUGAGCGCACGCUUUGCUUCUUCUUCAGUAGAAAAACUCUUGAGGAUUGUACUGACCGGCACGUCUUUCUUGAAAAUAUGGACCUAAAACCCUAG